AUGAAUCAAGCUUAUAAAAAUCAUGAAUUAGAACAAAUCAAACAGAUUUAUAAAUCUAAAAUCACUUUAAUUUUACCAACUGAAAAUAAAAAUCAAGAUUUAGAAAAUGAAGAUAAUCAAUCAGAUAUAUCAGUAGAAAAUAAUGAUAGUGAAAAUGAAAUAAAUAUAGAGAAUUUAGAAGAUUUAGAAAAUUUAGAAAAUGAAGAACAAAAA